AAAAUGAAUACAAAUAAGAUAGAUGAACGUAUCUUUAAUAUUAGAUCUUUGGACCGAUAUCCGAAUCAUGCUGAAGCACUGGAGUUACUGAAAAAGCUGGCUUCUCAUGUUAAACCAAUAAUGCAAAAGCAUAAUUGGAAAGUAGGAGCUUUAGAAGAAUUUUUUCCCGAAGAUAAGAGGCUACUUGGAAUAAAUAUAAAUCAUGGCAAAAAAAUAUGUAUAAGAUUACGUCCUCAUUAUGACGAAAGAAGAUUUCUCGACUUCAAUGAUCUCAUCGGAACGAUGUUGCAUGAAUUAACGCAUAAUAAGUAUGGUCCACACGAUGCAGCAUUCUACAAACAACUUGAUGAACUACAUGACGAAUACGAUGAAUUACUCACCAGCGGUAAAGUAGGUGAGGGAUUUUAUGGAAAUGGCAAUAUGCUUGGCCAAGGAGUAUCACAUAAUGACACACCUGAAAUGGCCAGACAAAAAGCAAUAAAGGCCGCAGAGUUGAGAAAAAUAAUGACGCAUGGAGGAGUAAAAUUAGGAGGGGUUGGCUGGGAACAUCAUGGAGUUCCGAUGAGGGAACUAACAGCAAUUGCGGCUGAAAGGAGGAAAAAUGACAUGAUUUGGUGUGGUAGUGAACGAAUUGGUAAUAGUGGUAAAUCAUUGAAAGAUGUCGCAAAAACACCAUACAGUGGAAGUUCAUCGGCAGUUCGGAUUCCUGCAAAUAAAAUUCCCGGAAUCAACAACAUAUCAUGGAGUUGUCCAAAAUGUACAUUUAAAAAUAAGCCAUUGGUAUUGCAAUGUGAGGUUUGUUUGAACAUAAAGCCAGAUACAGAUCAACAAUCACAGGAUUUUGUUCCUAUUGAAAUUUUAAGUUCAGAGUGGGAUUGUCCAAUUUGUACAUAUAGAAACGAAGAUUAUUGUGAUUAUUGUGACCGAAUUUUUCCUGAUAAUGCUGAAGCUAGGAGAAAUCACAUAGAAGGGGCAAAUCAUCAAAAUAACACCAAUUUAGAUCCUGUUGAAUUAUUAUUGGAAAAUAGCAAGAAAUCUCCUUGUAGAAAAUUUCAUGAAACUGGAUAUUGUCCUUUUGGUUUAAGUUGUAAAUAUUCCCAUGUUCCCUAUGGAAUUGAUUUCUCUUUAGUUGAUCCUCAUCUAUAUUUGGCCCAAAAUCCUAUUCUUCUUCAACAACAACGGCGUCAUGCAUUCAUGAAUGUACAAGGUGGGCAAUCAUUACAGCAAAAACCAACGCCAAUGUUUAAGUAUAAGCUUCCAGCUGGUCUGUCAUUGAGAGAUUUACCACCAUCGCUUAGACCUCCUCCACCGAUGGGAUAUGAUUUAUCAAAAGCUGCACAAUGGGGUUAA